AACUCAACAUCUCCCAUUUCCCUCCAAUUUUGCCUCUUUCAAUUUCGAGGGGAGUUUGCAGAAUUCUCACUUCCUCUUUCUCUCGUUGAAUAAUAAGCACACGCACUGAAAAAUCGAAAGAUUUGAAGAAGCAAAGAAAUGAAUGGUUUUGAGAAGGGUUUGUCUCCAUCGAAAUCGAAUGCGAACCGCAAUUUCCCGUCUUCUGGAUCGGUGGAGAAUGAUGAGAAUGAUUCAAGUGUGGAUAAAUUGAUUCCACAAUUUGCAAACAACGAAAUUGCAUAUGGCAAACAUUUCAUGUCUGGAGUUGCAAGAAAGAAAAUUCUUGCUGAGAUAAAGGGAAAUCCAAGCAUUUGUGAUGCUCAAGCUCACAAAAACUCCAAUCUGGAUUUGGAAAGUAGUCCCCCGAAAAGGGGAAUUUGCAAUUCUUCUGUGAAGGUUUAUGACCCUUUGACGAACUACCUCUCCCCACGGCCUCGUUACCUGCGUUUCAAUCCAAAUAGGCGUCGAGAGAUACUCAAGAGAUUUGAGAAGGAGUUGAAUAGCUCUCUUGAUUCUGAGGAGGCUAGUGAUGAAGAGGAGAUUGCAGACUCUUCUCUUUCACCUCCAAAAGGAAGUGUCGUUGAUGGUUAUGAGGCAGUAGAGGAGGAGAUUGCAGACUCUUCGCGUUCCCCUCCAAAAGGAAAUGAUGUAAAUCAGAGAAAUGGAGUUGCAUCUGAUGAAGGUAAUGGUAGUGUCGUUGAUGGUUAUGAGUCGGAGGAGGAAGAGAUGGAAAAAGGAUGGUGUCUUAGAGGGAUAUCAAAGCUGCUUUUUACACUGAUUGCUUGUUUGUUGUUAACCUCCUACAUUAGUCCAAUGAACUCACCAACAGAUUUACCAACUCAACAAGCCAUUUGGGAUUUUAAAGAUAGUGGUGUUGUGAUCAAGAAUCAAACACUUGAAUUUUUCAGCACGAAUUUGCAUGGCAAUAGCUUCUUUGAAGUGGAAGAUGGAGGUAAUAACAGUAUUGAGGAGGCAGAAGUCGAGGAAGAAAGUUAUGGUGGUUAUGAUGAGAGCAUCGAAGCAGGGAUUGUUGAGUAUUUGGAGUGGCAGGAGAAGGAGAUGGCUGGAAAUGAGAAUGUAAAUAGUGAAGAUAACAGUAUUGAGGAGUUAGAAGUUGAGGAAGAAAAUGGUGGUGAAACUGAUGAGAGUAUUGAGGCAGAAAUUGUUGAAUAUUUGGAGUGGCAUGAUGAGAAGGAGAUGAUUGGAAAUGAGAACGUGGAUAGUCAAGAUGUAGCUGAUGAAGCUGCAGAAUUUGAGGGCGUGAGAGAUGCUCGAUUUGAGUUUGAAGCUGAUGAAUCCGAGCACUUGAUAGAUGCAAAAACAGAUGAAAAUUUAGAUGGUGGCAUUUUGUUGGAUAUGGAAGUAGUGUCUUCUUAUACUGGUUUGGAUGAGGAUAAUGUAAACAAGGAUGAAGCUGCAGAAACGGAGAUUAUAGGCAGUGGUGUAGAUACCAAUGCGUUCUCGCUGGUACCUGUAUUGGAGGAGAUACCAACGGAGUCCAAAGGCGCAGACGACACAAGAUCAGUGGAGGAACUUGUUGUUCUUGAAUCACAUGAAGAGUUGAGUGAUUCUACAGAUGAAGUUGGAAUGGAGAAAUCGGAAUGGAACACCGUUGUUGGAGUUUCUGCAGUACUACUCGUAGUUUCAACAUCAAUAGCCAUCAUUUAUUCGAGAAAAUCAAGAAGCAGCACAUCUUCUAAGGGAUCUGAUCCUGUGCUAAAGCAAAAACUUGCAGCUGAGGGGAAUGUGCUUCACCAAGCACCUGUGCUUCAUUCCAUUGAUAGGAAAGUCGAGUUUUUGGCUAGAGCUUCACUACCAUCAUCUCACUCGAAGCUCGCCAGCCACAUCCACGCGCCAACAGUCGAGUUGAUUGGUGAGAUCGUUGUUGGACAGCCUAGCAGAGUUGGAAACUCGGGGAAGUUCCAGAUGAUCGUGUCUGAAGACAUGUGCAAGCGUGGCUCACGACCUCAAGUGGUGGUUCCUGCGUCGUCUCAGCCAUCUGCAGUCAGCUUCACUCCACGUGGAAGCUUUACUACUGAAAGAAAGAUCUCAAAGAAAGAGGGAGGCCAAAGUAGAGAAGCCAUGAUUGUUCCUACUCCAGUUAGGCGAUCAAGCAGACUCCGAAAUCGAACCACAAUUAUGUCUCCAUGAAUCUUCGUCAGUUAGCUAGGAUCUUUGUCUGAAACAGCAUUCUCAGUUGUUUCUGCAAUGUCUCUCUCUCACUAAAGCUAGGAUCUUUGUCUGAAACAGCAUCCUCAUUUGUUGUCUUCCAACAUCUAAUUGUCUCUUUAUCUUUAAACAAAAUUAUAAUAAUCUAGUUACUAUAUUUGCUUCUGAAA